AUGUCACUAGAAAAAGAUACUGAGAUUAUGGUUCAUAUCAAUAAAGAGGGAAAGGAUAUACAAGUGAAAACUAGACCAAGUGAAAGCUCCGACGAAUUCAUGAAAAAGAUAGCAAAUUUAUUUUGCGUUCAGCCAUCAGAGAUAAAAAUUCGUUGUGGAACACAACAAUUGCAAGCUGGUUAUACAGUUGGAAAAUAUGGCAUUCAGAACGGAUCAAAGAUUGAAAUAACUGUUAGAACCAGAGGCGGAAUGUAA